AUGCUGAAAUUAUUGAUUAUUGCCGGAUUGGCAGUAGGAACUGUUUUCACUUUGACUUGCUAUAAUGGAAGUAAAAUGUUGGCAAUGCAAAGUGUCGGAGAAACAACUGAAGAGUGUCCUGACUCCUCAUACUGUUAUAACAUGUCAACAACCGCUUAUGUCAUGUUGAAUAUGGUGAAAGCCGGAUGUUCGAGAUGGAGAUGCAUGCUCGCGAAGGACACGUGUAUCUUCACAACUUUCCAAAUGGUUCCAGUCAGUCUCUGUUGCUGCAGUUAUGAUAGAUGCAAUGUCGGUGGAAAUCCAGUUUAUUCUGAUAACCCGAAACAGAUACAAGGCAGUGGAUCCAAUUGGGGAAACAAUGGAAAUUCUGGAAAUUCUGGAAAUUCGAACAAUGGACCAAGUGGUGGAUCAUGGGGAAAUGGAAACAAUAAUGGGGGACAGAAUAACAAUGGAUGGGGAAAUAAUAAUGACUGGAGCAGCAACUACAAUUACGGUGGACAGAAUUCGGCAAAAGAAGAAAAGAUGAUCAAACAAGACGCCAAAGACUCAUCAUCGAGUAAGAAGAAGUGGACAGACAAACAACUUGAAGAAAUGUGGAAAAAAUCGAUCGAUGAUAAAGGAGAUGAGAUCCAAUUGGAAGACGAUUUCAAGAAAGUUGACAAAAAUUACAAGACUCAAUCGAUUCCACAAGAAGCGCCAAGAACUCUUUCAGCAAGAAAAGAAGUUGAACAUAUGCCAUUGGGAGCCAAAAGUUCGGGAGGAGGAGCCAAGCCAACCACUUCAUCUGCUGCUCCAAAAUCUGGAGGGAGUAAAGAAAUUAAUUUGUGA